AUGGUAAUUUGUUUAUUUAGUCUUCUUAAGCUUAAAUUUAUUAUAGCAGUUUCUAAAACAAUAUAGUUUUAAACGGAGGAGGAGUUUACUUUAAGCCUCUUCAAUAAUCUAACUUAUAAUAAUGGAGGUGGAUUAUAUAUAGAAGAGAGCUCUGCUUUAAUUUAAAACUGCUCAUUUUCUAAUAAUAAAGCCUAUUUAUAUGGUGGAGCUUUAUUACAUAAUAUUUCUAAUAAUUAAAUAGCUUAAUAAUUAUUUAAUAACUAAGUGGUUUUAUUAAAGAAUAAUAUUUUUCAAAACUAAGCAAGUAUAGCAGGAGCAUACUAUUCAGUUUAAGGCUUGUUUCCUCAAUACUUUUACACUAAUAACACUAUCAAUUAAAAUUAAGCCAACAUAUUUGGAAAAGAUCUAGUAGGAUACGGAGCAGGUAUCUAAAUAAUUAUUAAUCAUAUAUAAGUAGAUUACUAGAAUUUUAUUUAUUCUCACACAACUGGCAAAUUUCAGGACUCUGUAAUUGUUGAAGUAAUCAAUCAAAAUGGAGAGCUUUAUUCAUUCAGAUAAAAUAAUGGAACAUUUAAUUUAAAUAACUUGAUAAGUGUGUAUGGUUAGUUUAAUAGUGAAGUAGAAUUAGUAUUUUCCAGCGAUAUUAUUUAAAUUCCCCUUUACUAAAAUAUUUCUGAUUCUCUGCAAAUUUCUAAUUAUUCCUCAAAAUAUUAUGCCUUUCUUAAAAUAAAAAUAAAAAAUGAAUGCAAUCCUGGGUACGAGCUUUAAAAAUUUUAAACCAUUCUAGACUAUUGUUCUCCUUGUUUAGAAGGUUAUUAUAACACACAACCUAAUUAGCAUUGUAUUAAAUGUCCAGAUUCAGCCUAUUAUUGUAAAUAUCAAACAAUUUUGCUUAAAAAGGGAUUUUGGAGAGAAAACUCAACUUCUUCAAAUAUUUUGGCUUGUAAUUAAAACAAAAAUAGUUGCAUUGAAAGUUAAGCAGGAGUAAAUUUAGUCAAUACAAACUAACAGUGUGCUGAAGGGUACAUUGGACCUAUUUGCGAUGAUUGUGAUAUAGAAAAUCAAUAUUGGGGUUAAAGAUAUUAAAAAAUAGGAAAUAAUCAGUGUGUUAGAUUCAACAAUAAAUUAGUUCAAGUAACAAGUAGUUGA